AGGAGCGCUCAACGUCGUCAACAAGCUGAAACGAAACCUAACGAGGAGAUUUUUGAGUUUUUUUUAAGCUUAAAUGCAGUUUUUGUUUUGCAUCUGAACUUUACAGAUAUGGCCACAGCUAGCUGUCUGCUGUCAGAGGAGAGGUUCCUAUGUUCAGUCUGUCUGGAUGUGUUCACUCAACCAGUUUCAACGCCAUGUGGACACAACUUCUGCAGAGCAUGCAUCAACACGUAUUGGGACAACAGUAACAUUUACCAGUGUCCAUAUUGCAAACAAGAAUUUUCACCAAGGCCUGAACUCCAGGUGAACAUUACCAUGUCUGAGUUAGCUGCUGAGUUUAAGAAGUCAGUUAAAGUGAAAGCCUUCACUCCAGACCCACAGUUUCCAGAAAUAGCAGACGUCCCCUGUGACAUCUGCUCUGAGAUAAAGGAAAAAGCAUUUAAAUCUUGCCUGAUGUGUCUAACUUCUUUUUGUGAAGUGCAUCUUGAGCCCCAUCUGAGAGUCGCAGGUCUCAAGAGCCACACAUUAAUAAACCCUGUGAGGAAUCUUGAUGACAAGAUGUGUGAAAAGCAUAACAAGAUAACAGAACUGUACUGUCGGACUGACCAAGUCUUUGUUUGUGUCUUAUGUUUAAAAACUGAUCACAAGAGUCACAAUAUUGUCCCACUCGAGGAAGAAUAUGAAGCAGUGAUGGCAAAAAAAGAUGACACAAUGGCAGAUAUUCAAAAGAUGAUUCAAUCACGGUCCGAGAAGAUAAGUGAGAUUGAAAACUCACUUGAUGUUUGCCAGAGAGAAACUGAGAAAGAGAAAGAGGCCAGCGUGCAGGUCUUCACUGACUUGAUCUGCCACCUUCAGAAAAGACAGGCCGAGUUUGUUGAGGCAAUUGAGGAAAGGCACAAAACAGAAAAGGAAAAGGCUGAAGGGUUUCUCAAAGAAAUGAGGAUGGAAAUCGCUGAGCUUGAAAACAGAAGCAGCCAGCUGGAGCUGUUGUCACAGUCUGAGGAUCACCAUCAUUUUCUGCAGAACUUCGGAACCUUGUGUUCUCCUUUAAAGAAGGAUUGGGCCAACAUUGUUGUUGGCAGGGAUCUGUCUUUUGAGGCAGUAAGAGGAGCUGUGACUCUGCUAAAACAGAGAGUUGAUGAAAUAAUGGAAGAGCUUCCUGAGAUCAAAAUGAAAAAAAUGAGAGAACAUGCUGUGGACUUGACUCUUGACCCUGACACUGCAUUUUGCACACUUGUCAUUAGCGAGGAUCGAAAACAAGUUACAAAUGUAUAUGUAGAUCAGAAGGUCCCCAACAACCCAAAGAGAUUUGACAUGUUUGCAGAUGUUUUAUCAAAUGAGGGAUUCACAACAGGGCAGUUUUAUUAUGAGGUGCAGGUGAAAGGAAAGACUUGUUGGACUGUUGGAGUGGUCAGAGAGUCUGUUGAAAGAAAAAAGAACACAGACCUGAAAGUUGGAAAUGGUUUUUGGACUUUUAGGUUGGAUGAGGGCAAAUACAGAUGCAAUGGAACAAUCAUACUGAAAGACACGCUUCAAAAAGUGGGCAUCUUUGUGGACUAUAAUAAAGGAGUGGUUUCUUUCUAUGAUGCGGAUUCUAAAUGUCAUAUUAAUUCUUACACUGAUCAACACUUCACAGAGAAACUUUAUCCAUACUUCUCCCCUGAAGUGAGUGAAAACGGAACAAACUCUGCCCCUCUCAUCAUAACCCCAGUACCUCAAACACGCUGAGUUUCGUUCUCAUUUUGAUUUUCCUCUAGAGAUCACAGAGAUAUUAACAAGUGUUAACAGCAACUUUCAAAUGAAACUUGUAAUCAGACUACAUUUAAAAUGUUUUCAAUCCAUGCAUUCAUAUGUACAUAAAAGAUAAGACACUGCAUCGUCCUGCAAGUAGCAUUCUGUUCAUUUCUCUGCAGUGAAAUUCAUAUGGAUAAAUGUAAACUGGGGGAUGCUAAUGUUGCACAGUAAUAUUGUCAGAUCUUGUUGUUUACAAUUACAAUAGAUAAUGGUACCAGUGCCAUAAUGUAUUUAAAAAAAUGUAAUGCAUAUUUUGAUUGAUGAUGAUAUUUGACAUUGUUUGCAAUAAAGUAAUGUUCCUGCAAAAUCAUGUCAGGUUUGUUUUGCCUUUUCAAACCGGAAAUAUACAACCCCUGCCUGAUGGAGAUUUGUACUACAAGGAAUACACACAUUCAUCUACAUUUUUCCUCUUGCUUGUUACUUUUAAUUCACAGUGUCUUGAAAUGAAAAUAAAUUUCUUAUUUGACAAGUAGGGCUGAAUAAACUCAAAAUCUUGACAGA